AUGCGCCCGCUCCUGCGGCGGGCUUCCGGCAGACCAGAAGCUUCGGUAGAGCGGGGCGCUGAGGCGGCGGCGAUGGAGCGUUGCGGUGAGGCGGCGUUGAACGCCGUCCCCGUGCCCGACUUCAGGCAAAAUGAGGGUUCAUUAACAUCAACUUUAAGAACGCUUCUAUUCUUCACAGCUCUAAUGAUUACAUUACCUGUGGGGCUAUAUUUUUCAUCAAAGGCUUAUAUAUUUGAAGGUACCUUAGGAAUGUCCGACAGAGACAGCUAUUUUUAUGCUGCCAUAGUUGCUGUAGUUACUGUUCACGUGGUACUUGCUCUCUUUGUAUAUGUAGCGUGGAAUGAGGGUUCUCGACAGUGGCGGGAAGGCAAACAGGACUAGAACGAAGACCAUCGUCAUCUGACACCUACAGACUGUAAAUCAAAGUUUUGUGAGCUGAAGGAAAAGCAUUCUUCAAAAUGUAUAAUACACAUGUACAAAGAUAAGGCUAAUGCCUCAACUCUGGUUAGAAUAAGACUUGUGCUCAUCUUGAAUGUGUACCAGUGUUUUCUCUAAUGCUGAUGGAAGUAGUUGUUUAGCCAGCCUCUACUAGGUUGAGCUGAGGUGGUGUUCCCCUGCAAUUAGAAUGGAAUAAUUACAUAAAUUUUUGAAAAAAUCCUGUAGCUAUUUUUGCCAUUCCUAGUAUUUUUCUGGCUUGCUCUGAAAAUGAUACUGGCAUGAAGCAAGCAUUACAUUUUUGAGUAAUUAAAUUGCUAGUUAAAAAAGCUACAUUACUCACUCUCCAACUACAGUGGAAAAGAUGGGAUUUCACUUUGCUGUGGAUAGUUUCCUGAUUUAUGGGUGUUGUGGUUUAACCCCAUCCGGCAACUAAGCACCACGCAGUUGCUUGCUCACUCCCCCCAGCUGGAUGGGGGAGAGAAUCAGAAGAGUAAAAGUGAGAAAAUUGGUGGGCUGGGGUAAAGACAGUUUAAUAGGUAAAGCAAAAGCUGCACGCCAAAGCAAAGCAAAACAAGGAAUUCCUUCACCACUUCCCAUCGGCAGGCAGGUGUUCAGCCAUCUCCAGGAAAGCAGGGCUCCAUCACAAGUGACGGUGACUUGGGAAGACAAAUGCCAUCACUGCGAACAUCCCCCCCCUUCCUUCUUCUUCCCCCAGCUUUUUAUUGCUGAGCAUGACAUCCUAUGGUCUGCAAUAUCCCUUUGGUCAGUUGGGAUCAGCUGUCCUGUCUGUGUCCUCUCCCAACUUCUUGUGCCCCCUCAGCCUCCUCGCUGGUGGGGUGGGGUGAGGAGCAGAAAGGGCCUUGGCUCUGGGUAAGCACUGCUCAGCAAUAGCUAAAACAUCCCUGUGUUAUCAACAGUGUUUUCAGCACAAAUCCAAAAUACAGCUCCGUACCAGCUACUGUGAAGAAAAGUAACCCUAUUCCAGCCAAAACCAGCACAGUGGGACAGACGUAAAAAAUACAUUUCUGAGUUUAGAAGUAAUUGCAAAAAUAGAAUUGUGUAGAAACUCAGGUGAUGUAUUUCUAAUGUGAAAUACAAAGGUGUUUUUGUUUUCAAGUGUAAUUUUUUAUUACAGUGUAAAAUUCAAUCUUCAAUUUCCUUUUGGGAGGAUUGUUGUAUUACUGCAUUGCUCAUCUUUCCACUCUUCUACAGAUAAAUCUUGAUGAUGCAAAGGAAAUGACAUAGCAUAUUCUCCUAUAUGUCUUUACAUUUUUCUCCUUGAUAAUUGCUGAAGGAUGUAGUUGGAUUUCCUGUCGUAAUGUCAGUAACAGCUAUAAGCCACUCUAAUUGUUAGUAGAGGAACGAGCAAGAGAAAACAAGCUGUAGCCAUCUGCAAAUGUUGUCCUUUAUGAAGCAGAACACAAGAGUGAUCACAUGGAAAAUUUGCUUGUCUUCGUAAAUAUUAACUUUCACACUGUGAAAUGAUACAAUAUGUUGAUUGUUUUCUUUUUUCCUUGGUUGUGUAUAGAAACUUGCUGUAGUCAAACCAAUGUGAGAUUUUUGUGUUGUAGGAUAACCUGAAUUUCAUUUCGCUCUGGUGCUGUUGUUAGCAAGCUUCUUAGUCUGUAGAUAAAACAUUUUUCCUAAGGUUCUAGCAAUGCGUAGAACUUUCCUAAUGCUGAUGAUUGCUGUUAAGCUGUUGUGCUCAAGGUCUUUCUGUUAAUUUGAGUUUUCCAGUUUGUUGUAUUAGUUGAGCCUUUUUCGAAAGUGUUUUGCUUAAUAUAGGGCUUGGAAUGGUUUUGAUGCUGCAUUUAUCCAUGCUAAAACUUACCCAUAAAUGAGACAAAAAUUGGUUAUCCAUGCCCAGUGGCUUGAGGAAUGUGUUCCCAGGUCUCAUUCCUCUCAUCUCCGCCACGGUCCCAGGCAUGCACAAUUAUAUACCCCAUGUCAGUGCAAAUCAGUUUCUACAUUUUGUUUCUGAAACAUUAACUUUUCUCAUCCAGAAGCCCAUUGUCAGGUUGCUGCCAGCAAACUGGAGAACGGUCUUGUAGUAUUUGAAAUAUAAAUUUAGUUUGUACGUUGGCAUAUUGGCUUCCUGUUCUCCAGUAUAUGAACUGUACGUCAUAGAACAAAUACUGCCUUUUAAUAAAGAACUACCCUGCAAUACAAGGUCCAGUAAACAA